GUCUUACUUCAGAAUUAUUCGUUUAUAUACGAGCAGCGUGCUUUAGUUUACAAGGCAGUAAAUAAAAAUAAACCUGACGAAAUGUUUUCAUCCUUGCGAAGUCUCUUUGGCUCGAAGCCCAUCAAAACGGAGGGCACACGCCGCGCAGCCGACGGAAUGCAGCCGGAAGCCGUUAUUGACCUGACCGAGGAGGUAGAUCCCAUCGUCAAGCUACUGGUCGACGAGAACAAUGUCCCCUACAAGUGUCCCAUCUGUCUGGAACCGCCUGAGGAGCCGGUGGCCCCCGUAUGUGGCCACAUCUUCUGCAAUGAAUGCCUGACCGGCGCACUGGAGCUGUUCAAACGCUGUCCCAUGUGCAACAGAAGCACGCACAGCUUCAUUCGCCUGUAUACCUAUCGACCUUCAAAUAUUGUUUCUAAUGCUUAAAAUUGUGUUUUCGAUUUUAAUGUUGUCGGUCAACUUCAAGAGCGGACAGUAGAAGAUCAAAUCGGAACGAAAUAAACCCAACCAAACCAAAGCACUAGUUUAAAAAACACUACUUUUUUUCACUAGUUCCAAGUUCUCAUACUCUCUCCACAUGCUCUACAAGGAGAUGAAUCUCGGCGUGCGAAUCACCAAAUCAAAUUGAAGACCAUUAUCUUCGAGCUCACUGGAAAAUAAAUGCGAUCGAAUUAAAAUAAAUUUAAAUGAAAUCAAUUUGUUAAUGCUGUAAUAUAUAUAUAUUUUUUUUUUAAUGUUAAAUUACUUGUUAGGUUUUAAUUGUGUAUAUAUACAUGUCAUUCUUCACUCACAAAAUCCUUUACACCCUUUAAUUAAACACGGUAAAUUAAAAAAAAAA